GCCAGCCGUUCAACAGGUAGUGUUAGUCACCCCACAGGGAGUGCAGGUGAUUCAUUAAUCCCCUGCAUAACUGAACAGCAAUGGCUUGGCUUCCGUGAGUGAUAGGGAGAAUUGACCGUGUCCGAUUAAAAAUCCCUCAUUACUGCUCCGCUGAAGUAAAUUUCCGACAAUAAACAUGACGUUGCAUCAGGAUAACAUAUCACCUGCAAACGUGCAAAAUUUCGAGACGAAACACGACCCCCAAAUGGCACUUUAGCGAGCCGCCUUAUAGUAUUAUGAUAUAGAUAAAGUGGGAAAAAAAUUAGUACAAGGAUUUUCAGUAUAAAGUGGGAAAUAUUAGCACGAGGAUUUUCAGUAUAAAGUGGAAAAUAUAAGUACAAAGAUUUUCAGUGGGCAAGUACAUGCCGAUGUUUGAUAAUCCGCCCCUGCAGUUAGUGAUCAGAGCCAACCCGCAGCCGAAAGCAGUCCUUCACAAUGGCUUCAGAUGUCCACCAUGAAAAAGGUUCAGGUGUCCACCAUGAAAAACGCAACGGCCUGGGAAAGAUUGGCCAGCAGUGGAUUUUUUGCCUAACAAAGAAGCGCUACAGCGUAAGCCAUCUGCUGGUAGUCAUUGGGACUUUCGUGACCUACAUGACCAUCAGAAGCUGGUACUGCAACGGAGCCAUCCAACCGUCUUGCUGUAGCGACCAAAUCAACAUUCCUGGACUACUCACGAACUGGACAAAACCAACGUAUCACUUCGAAUCGAAUAAACCCGUCCCAAAGAUGGUGCACUUCUGCUGGUACGGCGGGCUCCGCCGCACAAACUUUCGGUUCUAUCAUUUGAUAAGCGUUUUAAGUGCGUACAAACAUAUCAAACCGUCUGUGAUAUAUUUUUGGUACGAUUAUAUCCCGCAGGGGGCGCUUUGGAGGGAUGUUUUGAAACGGGUUCCGAUUAUGAAGUUAAAGCACCGCCCGGCGCCGACACAUACUUAUCAUCGUUCGUUGGGCCGGUACGAUCAGCACCAGUCGGACGUCGUCCGCUUGGAGGUUUUGAUGGAGUUUGGCGGAAUUUAUAUGGAUCUGGACGUGGUGGCGCUCAAGUCGUUCGACCCCCUACUCGAGUUCGACACUACCAUGGGGUACGAGGACAGGAAUCGGCUAUGCAAUGGGAUUAUCAUAUCGAAACCUAACGCCCCUUUCCUCAGACUCUGGCACUUGGAGUACGCAACUUUUGACGACAAUAGCUGGGCAUUUCACUCGGUGGAGCUACCCGCGAUCUUGGCUGAAACGUAUCCGCGGAUUAUUCAUACGGAGGAGAGAUCCCUCCACCGUCCGAACUGGAAGGAAUGGAGAUGGAUGUACAAGACUGGCAUGUUGUAUGACUGGUCCAAGAACUUCGCCGUCCAUUUAUUUUAUAUCCACACUCUUGGAUUGACUGAACACUCCCCGGAAAGUAUAAAAAAGUUAGACACAACCAUGGGACAGAUAUUUCGAUAUAUCUACUAUGGGAGUAAGGAAUUUGUACAAGACUAGUGUUGUAUACAGGGUGGUCCAGAAAAAAAAGCAACCGGAUACUUCCACUACAAGGUGAUUAAAACUAUUGAUACAACUGGAUGAGGAAUCUUUGUAGAAGAAGGAUGAUACCAAGAUCGACCGAUUCUGUUCAGUAGGUUUUGUUUUAGAGACGUUUUUGUGAAGCAAGGUUGGAGUCCCUUGGCAAGGUUCAAUGUAGAAAAACCGCACGGUUCUGUUGUAGGUUACAAACAUCUCGGUAGUGUGCUGAGGCCUGGCCAUGCUAACACGACCUUUACUCUGUUGCAAAUGGUCACCAGAAACCUUGUCGACAUUAUUUUAGUUCAGUAUUAUUACCUAACACUUAAUCCACCUACUUACAAUUUACCGACACAGUUUCGAUUUUUCCUAUGCGCGGAUGAAGCCUGUCUGUGAUUCACAAAAUAGGCUCUAAAACAAAAACUACUGAACCAAAUCUUUCGAGUUUGGUAUCAUUCCUCUCCUAGGA